AUGGAAGAUCAUUACUCGAGCCGACAACUCAAGCGAGCUGGACUCACCGAAGCUUCGACUCCAACCAUUUCGAAACGACCAAGACCUGACGUCAUCGAAGAAUUGCCUCUUCUUCUUCCCUCUUCGGACUGGCUGGAGAAGGUCAAUGUGCCACUGGCGUCCACAGUGAAUUCUGACCCAUCCGCCUCGUCCACCUCCAUGAUUGGAAACAAUUACCAUGUAUUCUUGAGCUUUAGAGGCCCUGAUACUCGCAAAGGUUUCGUUGAUCACCUCUACCAGAGACUCAAUGAUGUGGGCCUGAGGUACCAUCCAAACUUUGUGUUCAGAGAUGAUGAGAAGCUCUGCUUUGGUGAGCCAAUUGCUCAAAAUCUUCUCAAUGCAAUCGAGUGCUCUAAUGUUUCAAUCCUAGUUAUCUCAGAAAAUUAUGCUGCUAGUGAAUGGUGCCUCCGCGAACUCAUUCAUAUUAUGGAGUGCAAGGAAAAUAGAGGCCAAAUAGUCUUGCCAGUGCUUUACAAGGUAAAACCCAAGGACGUGCGGCACCUAGGGGGUAGCUUUGGAGAGGCCUUCGAAUCUUGCAAGGAUCAAUUUGAGGAGGAGGUCAAGCAACAAGGGCCGGUAGCUCUUAGAAAAGCACUUGAUCUUAAAGUAUUUGAAUCAGAGAUAUUUGCUGAUGGGUGUGAAGGGGAAUUAGUAAAAGAACUCGUGCGAGUAAUAAUGGACGAGCAACAACAAGACUUCCUACCACCUCUUCCUAGGAACUUGGUUGGAAUUGAUGAUCGUGUGGCUGAGGAGGAAAAUGAGAAUAUUGAGGCACUAUGUCUGGACGAAAGGGGCUCCAGAGUGUUCAUGAAGCAAGAGAGCUUCAAAAAAAUGCCUAACUUGAAGUUCCUUCAUGCGAAGGAUGUAAAUUUUGAUGGAGAUUUUGAAGGAUCAUUUGCUCAAUUAAGAUGGCUAAAGUGGGAGAGAUGUUGCCACUCUUUCAAGGCGACCAACUUUCAUUUGGAAAAAUUAGUCGUACUUGAUUUAUCAGAAGAUUAUCUUGGUGAACACCAUAUUAGUAAAAAUUGGAGAGGAUGGAGUUCAAUCAAGAUGGAGAGGUUGAAAGUUCUCAAUCUUUCGAGAUGCUUCAAAUUACAAAGCACCCCUAAUCUCUCCAUGUUUAAAAAUUUAGAGCUACUAAUCCUGGAAUAUUGUACCUCUUUGAAGGAAAUUGACGCUUCCAUUGGAGAUGUCAAGCGCCUCAUUUCCUUGAACUUGAAAUAUUGUAUUCAUGUCACGAAGUUACCCAAACAAUUGGGUGAACUAGAAAAUUUGGAGGAGCUUGUCGUAGACCACACUAAUAUAAAAGAAAUCCCUCCAUGUAUAGGAUCUUUGAAAAAGCUGAAGACACUUAGAGCAGUUGGUUGCUUACAAUCAAAUUUGCAACCGACUGAAGUUCCCAGUUCAAUAGUCUGUCCAGUAAGUUUGUCAUUAGUGGAAUACCACAAGUCGCAACCGAUCCCUUCUUCAAUUGGGAAGUUGGGAGAGUUGGUUGAGCUAAACUUGUCAAAUACAAGGAUUAAGGAAUUACCCGGAUCCAUCGGGGAAUUGAACAAAUUGAAAAUCCUGAGGAUUUGUGGUAGUCAGAUAGAAAGGUUACCACGUUCUAUUGGAAAAUUGCAAAACCUCCAAGAGCUCGAUGCCUCUAGAUGCCCUAACCUGGAAGGACAAUUUCAUGUUGAUAAAGGUGGAUUGUCUUCUCUAAAGACCUUUCGUUUAAUUAACACAAAAAUUUCUGGCUUGCCAGAAAACUUAGAUCAGCUUUCUUCUCUCGAGCACCUCGAUUUAGGGGGUUGUGGAGAGCUUCAGUCACUCCCAAAACCUCCUUUUAGCUUAUCAUCCCUAAAGCUCACCUGUUGGAGCAAUGAGCUGCCAUCGCUCUCUCACUUGAAGCAUCUAAAGGAGCUCAGGCUUUCUUCUUGCAAGUCUCUUCAAAGCAUCCCAGAGAUCUCUCACCUGAAGCAUCUAAGGGAGCUCAGCCUUCAUGAUUGCUGGUCUCUUCAAAGCAUCCCAGAGCUUCCCUCCUGCAUACGGAAGCUUGAUAUUUGGGGAUGUCCCGAAUUGGAAAGGUUGCCAAAUCUUUCCGAUUUGGAAUUUCUGUCAAAAUUAAGGCUUCUGCAUUGCGAAGGGCUGAAGAAAUUGGAUGGACUGGAAGCUUUAAAAUCCCUAAGAGAGUUGUGCCUAAAGCUAUUUCCAAUGUCGUCUAACCUCGACGACUUUGAUGAGAAGGCGGAUGAACUCCAAUCGGACAACUUUGAUGAAGAGGCGGAUAAUCUCCAUGCAAUAGAAGGCCUUGAAAAAUUGGGAUCCCUGGAAGUGGUAGAUAUCUCUGGGCGCAAGCACAUUCAAGUACUGGACCUUUCAAAGUCAGAGCAUCUGAAGAAGUUGGAUGUUAGUAAUUGCGGAAGCUUAGUUGAAAUUCGUUGCCCUAGUCAAUUACUAGAGGACUUUGAUAGGGAUGGGUGCAAGUCACUUAAGAAAUUAUUAGGCUUUUUACCACACUACGUCCAAGAUUUACGAGGAAAGAAACAGCUAGAAGCUGACUGA